AUGUUGAUGAGAAAAGAACAUAUCUACGGCGGAAGUACCGGGAAAGUGGGAGGGAAAAAAGUUUCGACAACUCUAGAUUGCGAAUAACACCGGUAUAGCAUGAUGAAAACAAACUUCUGUUAGGUAAAUACUUAUGAUCGGAAAAUAACUUUUAAAAUAGUUUAUUGUGCGGGACACAUAGUCUUACUUUCGAGUUCAGAAUGGGACUCCCAACUCUGGAGUUUAGCGAUUCUUUUCUGGAUAGCCCUGAUUUCAGAGAACGGCUAAAAUAUCAUGAAAUAGAGUUGGACCGAACAAACAAAUUCAUCAAAGAACUGAUCAAAGACGGGAAUAUGUUGAUAACGGCGCUAAAGAAUCUGUCUACUGCGGUCCAGAAGUUCUCUCAGUCCCUCCAGGAGUUCCAGUUUGAGUGUAUAGGAGACGCAGAGACGGACGACGAGGUCAAUAUCGCUCAGUCGUUCAAGGAGUUCUCCCAGCUACUGAACACAGUGGAAGAGGAGAGGAGACGCUUGAUCCAGAAUGCGGAUGAUGUGCUAAUUGCACCUUUAGAGAAGUUCAGGAAGGAACAGAUUGGAGCUGCGAAGGAAGGGAAGAAGAAGUUUGACAAGGAGACAGAGAAAUACUACACCGUUCUAGAGAAGCAUCUGGCCUUGUCUUCCAGGAAGAAAGAACCGUUCUUACAAGAGGCGGACACACAGAUUGACAAGGAGAGGCAGGUGUUCUAUGAUGCGUCCCUGGAGUAUGUCUUCAAGAUUCAGGAGGUCCAAGAGAAGAAGAAGUUUGAGUUUGUGGAACCGCUGCUGGCCUUCCUGCAGGGUCUGUUCACGUUCUACCACGAAGGAUAUGAGCUCGCUCACGAGUUUGAGCCUUACAAACAACAGCUCCAGUUCAACCUGCAGAACACGAGGAACAACUUUGUGAGUACGAAGCAGGAGGUAGAGAAACUGAUGAAGAGAAUCAGAUCAGCUGAUCAGGACUACAAACCUCCAGGGCAGUGGACCAUGGAGGGGUUCCUCUACGUCCAGGAGAAACGGCCGCUGGGAUGCACGUGGACGCGACACUACUGUACGUAUGAGAAGAGCAGCAAAGCCUUCACCAUGAUCACCUUUGAAACCAAAUCAGCUGGCAAACAGAAUGGUCUGGUGGUGAGUCCAUCUGAGAUGUUCAAGCUGAAGUCCUGUAUCCGAAGGAAGACCGACUCCAUCGACAAGCGUUUCUGUUUCGACAUCGAAGUGGUGGAGAGAACUGACAUCUGUCAAGGAACUCUUUUCCGACCUCUUCAGUUAAAGUUCUGUAAAGUCCGGCAUGGCAUCGUGACUCUCCAGGCUCUGUCUGAGUCCAACAGAAGGCUGUGGCUGGAGGCUAUGGAUGGCAAGGAGCCGAUUUACAAUCUUCCAGCCAUUCUGAGCAAGAAAGAAGAGACGUACCUAAACGAGGCAGGGUUUAAUUUUGUGAGGAAAUGUAUUGACUUGGUGGAGGUACGAGGGAUCAACACGUUGGGCCUCUACAGAAUAGGAGGGGUCAACUCUAAGGUCCAGAAGUUGAUGACCACUGUGUUUGCAACCAAGGCUCCAGUUGAUAUGAACCUGGACCCAGACACCUGGGACAACAAGACCAUCACCAGCGGCCUGAAGAAUUACCUCAGGUGUCUCUCUGAGCCUCUGCUGACCUUUAAGCUCCACAAAGACUUCAUCAUGGCCGUCAAGUGUGAAGACCAGAACUACAGGGUUAGGGCCGUCCAUGCCUUGGUCCAUAAGCUGCCUGAAAGGAACAAGGAGAUGAUGGAGCUACUGAUCAAACACCUCGUCACAGUGUCCACCCACAGCCAGUUCAACCUGAUGACGGUGUCCAACCUGGGCGUGAUCUUCGGGCCCACGUUGAUGAGGUCACAGGAGGAGACGGUGGCCGCCAUGAUGAACAUUAAAUUCCAGAACAUCGUGGUGGAGAUUCUCAUCGAGAACUUUGACAAGAUCUUCCACCAGCCUCCAGACCCCAACGUACCUCUGCCCCAGCCCCAAUCCCGACCAAGCUCACGCAGGAGCAGGGCCAUCUGCCUGUCCACAGGCCCUAGGAAGCCUCGCAGCAUCUACACCCCAACACUGUGCCUUGCAGACGCUGACAGUCCUUGUACAGGUGACACGUUCAGCAGCAGUCCAGGCAGCACCCCCUUGGGAAGCAUGGAGUCCCUCUCCUCCCACUCCUCUGAGCAGAACAGCUCCUCCAAGACCACUGGCACUUCCUCCCACCACCAGCCCAAAGACAAGGCUUCCCAUCCCCCUGGCCUGUGGCUGGGGAUGGGGCAGGGGACGAGCCAGUGGCUGGGGAUGGGUCAGGGUACCAGCCUGAAGCAGGGGAUGGGUCAGGGGACCAGCCUGGGGCAGGAGAUGGGUCAGGGGACCAGUAUGGGGCAGGAGAUGGGUCAGGGCCCAACACUGGGUCUCCGUCGCUCCCCCUCACAGCUCUCUUCCAACGGGCCAGGGAAGGGAAGUGUCCCAUCCUGCCUCAGCAGCCCAGAGUCUAGCUCCAGGGAAGACGUGGAGACAGGGAGGACAGACGGGGAGUCGGAGGGAGAUGCUCUGAGUCUGUCCUCAACCAGCACCACAGCUACACCCAGGGGGUCCAUCGGCCCGAAGAAAGCCCCCCACUCCCAGACGGAUCUCCGGCCGGUGCCCGUGACCCAACUGACCCAGCUGAACCGCUCAGCCGCUCCCUCUCUCAGGUCACUGUAUAUAUCUGAAGGCCGUAGGAGUCUGGCAGGUUCAGUCCAGAGUCUGUCUGCCGUGACGCUGGACCAGAAAGACCAACAGAAGGAUCGGAAGGAGAGUGUAGAGUCUACAGACCCCCCAGACCGCCCUCCUAAACUAGUCACCCGUCGGAGAUUGGACAGACCGGACAAGAUGGAGUCCUCCAGCAACGGAUACCAGAGACCAGGAUCAGUGGUUGCUGCAAGAGCCAUGCUGUUCGAAAACUGCCCUUCAGUGUCGCAGACCACACCUGUUGGAAGAGACGCCAAGGCCAUGUACUCCUGUGAGGCAGAACACAGCCAUGAGCUCAGCUUCCCACAGGGGGCUCUCUUCUCAAACGUGUAUCCAUCUAUUGAACCUGGCUGGAUCCAAGCAACGUUCCAGGGAAAGACUGGCCUGAUCCCUGAGAACUAUGUGGUUUAUCUCUAACAACAAACUGACUGCUCCAAGACCUAAACAUCCCAAACGAACCUUGAUCAUUUCAUGGUAUCCAUGGUAACAAUAAUCUGCAACGUGAUUGACGUGAUUGUUGUGAAGGCCAAGUUUCCCCAUUGAUCAGACAUGUAGAUAUGGGAACGUUGAGUAUCGUUCAUAUGCAGUAGAAGGAGCAGAUGUGUGUUUUUAAUCACCUGAAUGAUAUACCUACCUACCUACCUACCUACCUACCUACCGUAUCUACACCCUUAUCAAGAUGAAUACUUCUGGUCAUGUCAUGCUGCUGGUCCUAUUCUUAUAGGUUAGUGUUGAAAUACUGUACGUUCCAGGUGGGAUAUGCAGUAAAAACAUACACGAUUGAUAAUAUACACUGAACAAGAAAUAUAAACUCGACAUGUAAAGUUUUAGUCCCGUGUUUCAGGAGCUGAAAUAAAAAACAUCCCUGAAAUGUUCCAUACGCAAAGAAA